AUUUAUCAGUUAAUUUUCAGCUACUGGAACAAUACCGAUAUAACCAAAAUGAAUUCCUUCGUCCUGGUUGCUCUUUUCGCCGUUUUUGCCGCUGCUAAUGCAGGUGUACUGACAGGUGCUCCUUUGGUAUCUGCAUAUGGCGCCGCCCCAGUAGUUUCAGCUUACUCUGCUCCUUUAGUAGGCGGUGGAUUAGUCGGUGAACAAACCUUAGUAGCUGGACCUUCAGGAACCAUCGCUACCGGAAGGACUCUUGCCGCCCCUGCUCUUGCAGCAUACGCCGCUCCCGCUGUGGCUGCCUACAGCGCCCCUAUUGUGUCCCCUUAUGCCGCUCACAGUGUUGUCGCCCGCACCAUCUGGUAGGGUCUUAGUUGAUGUGUAACUGAUUUUUUAUGGAAAUAACUUAUUAAAUAGUAAAUUGAACAA